AUGGACAAUAAGCCAGAUGAUAUUGGAAAGACACGGGAUCAUGAUGAAGAUGAUCAUGAUAAACCCACAAUUAUUAGCAGUCCUGGGGAUCUGGUAUGCCUCGGCGGUGUUGAUCAAGCCCUGACCGCAAAGAUGAACCUUGUCAACGACGCAAUUGACACUAUCGGAUUCACUUCCUAUCAUACAAAAUUAUUUUUUCUGAAUGGCUUCGGAUAUGGCGUUGAUUCUCUCCUACUUUUCCUCAUGAGCAUAUCCGCCGAUCAAGUAGGAGCACAAUAUCCACCGAAGUUCUCGAGAGGUGCACAAUUGGGGUUCUAUAUUGCACUGCUGGCCGGUGCUUUAUUCUGGGGCAGUACAGCGGACAUAAUCGGAAGAAAAUGGGCAUUCAAUUUCUCAUUGUUAAUCAGUGCCAUCUUUGCCAUCACUGCUGGUGCGGCUCCGAAUUAUGCAGGAUGGGCCACAAUGGUCGCAUUAUCGGCAUUUGGCUCAGGCGGAAAUUUGGUGCUAGACACAACUGUCUUUCUAGAGUAUCUUCCCUCUAACAAACAAUGGCUGCUUACCCUUUUGGCUGGCUGGUGGGGAGUUGGUCAAACAGUUGCUGGCCUCAUUGCGUGGGGAUACAUGGCAAAUUACAGCUGUCCUACCGAUGGAUCUGUUACUUGUACAAACUCUAAUAACAUGGGAUGGAGAUAUCUGUACUAUACAAGUGGAACCCUUGUUUUUGUUCUAAGUAUUGCACGAGUGGUAGUCAUUCGCUUCCAUGAGACCCCAAAGUUUUUACUUUGUCAAGGUCGUGAUGAAGAUGUUGUGAAAACACUUCAGAACCUUGCUCACAAGCAUGAACGCCCAUGCUACCUAACUUUGGACCAACUUCAAGUACAUGGUGAAAUCUCCAGCUCCCACGCUCAAAACAAAGCAUCGUUAUCAGAGCUAGAAGUUCAUGUGCGAGGCCUGUUCGUGACCAAGACUCUGGCCCUCUCUACCUCCCUGGUCUGGCUCUCAUGGGCUCUCAUUGGACUAGGCUAUGCACUGUACUAUGUUUAUCUACCAGAGUAUCUAGCCUCGCGUGGAUCUUCUACCGGAGCAAACUCAGCCUACCUCACAUGGAGGAAUUAUGCAAUCACCAAUCUAUGUGCGAUACCCGGACCCAUAAUAGCAGGUUUUAUGUGCGAGAUGCCAAUCUUUGGAAGAAAAUUCACAAUGGCGAUAGGAGCCUUCAUUACCAUGGCAUUUUUCUUUGGAUAUACGGCUGUCAAAACAGAUGCUCAAAACCUUGGAUUUUCAUGCGCUAUUUCUGUUUCAAUCAACAUCUACUAUGCAACAUUAUACGCGUACACAGUCGAGGUUUUACCCUCUGCACACCGCGGGACUGGAAAUGGUAUUGCCGUCGCAAUGAAUCGACUAAUGGGCAUGGUUUCCGCUCUUAUCGGCGCUUUUACCUCAACCGCUAGCUCGGUCCCGAUUUACGUGUGUGCCGCUCUACUUGGAAUGGGAGGAAUUCUUGCCAUCCUGUUUCCUCUUGAGACACGGGGAAAGAAGAGUAUAUAA